AUCGUUUUAAAAAACCGCACACUGCGCACGCGUGCAUGCCACUAAAUCUCUAUCUUCGAAGCCGCGCGCGCGCAUGGGAUCGCGUAAGCAACGCGUCGCCGUUGUCCUGGCGCUCGUUGCCCUCGUCGCUGGAGGUGGACUAGUGAAACAGCUGGACACGCGCGGGUGUUCGAAAGAUACUUCAGCCGCGACGGUAAGUGGCGCUUCGUCAUCAGCUCAACCACGCUCGACGGGAGCUGAAUCGCGAGACAAUAAACGCGAGACGCCACCUAUCGAUGCUGUCUCCGCGACGAAGAUUGAUGAUCGAGCUGAAAAGUACGCUAUAAUCGUCCCUAUGCACGCCGUCACGCAGCUCGAAGUCAUGAAAACCACGUGGAAAAUAUUUCCACCUUGCGCUGCCGAUGCGCGAGCCGCACAAAUAAUUGAUUUGAUUUUCUUAUCCGACGUAGACCUCUCGUCGCUCGACGUCACAGGGGGUCACUGCUUUCAGCGAGUGUAUCGCCUGCGACCGUUCAUCCCGAGCUGCUACAACGUAUACGCACAAGCACCACCGUAUUGCUUCUUCACGAUGAUACUUCAUCUCGACUUAGACCGUACGUACGACGCCAUACUUCAAGUAGAAGCUGAUUCCGUGCCCGUGAAAUCCAAUUGGUUGGACGCCGCCGUGGAAAACAUAUUAAAGCCGACAUCGGGCGAAGUGUGGAUACACGCAGCGAAAAAUGAACGCGGUGGAAACAAUUUCAACGGUAAUGGCGCGUACAACUUGCAAAAUGACGAAUUUCGUCAAUUCAUAAUAGGUUACAGGGAAUGGUUUUACACAAAGGCGGUCAACUCUGGCGACACGGCGUUCGAUACAAACAUGAUUACGUUUGCAAAAGAAGUGGGGUCUUUCGGAAAUUUCUCCAACACGCAUCUGCGUGCGUCGAAAAGUCUUCGGAACUGCGAUCUCAUGUCCCUGACAGCGUGUCGGUCGGCGGUGGAUGCGUCCACGUGGGGCGGCGCGACGCCUGAAGCUCUUUUCGUUCACAGUCACGAUCUGAAAGAUCCUUCGCGAGUGAGGAGUCAAAUCUUGGUGGAAAUGCUUGGUAGAGACGAUGGUAUACGGCAAUUCAAAUGAGUAUGCUUGCGACUAUUGAGUUUUCGACAUGCUGAUGAUUUCUUCGUACAGGGCGUCCCACGCCGCCGGAAGCGCUCGCCCGCACUUAUCGAGAAGAGUGUACGGACAGCGGACACCCAUGGCAACAUUAUUCACGCGUAUCGGACGCAGAUCUGCAUCAAACAAAUCUUUAUUCAACGCAUAACGAUUUACUUGCCGCUGCUGCAUGGUCACUUCUAAUUGACCGAUGCGUAGGACCUCCUUGAAGUU